GUGAAGUUUAUGAUCAGCAUGAAGUUUAUAAGUGGUGUGUCUUGGAACUGCAUUGGAAUGUUGACAAACAUUUCUUGAAAUGAUCAACACUCUGGGACUUUUAUUAGAGGAUUCCUUUAGAGAGUCUGUAAACAACUGUAGCAGAGAUCCAGAGGUGUUUUCAUGCUGUGGUACCUUCUCCAUGGGAUCUUUAGUUGUGGAUGACGAUGCUCAAGAGGUUAUGGAAACUUGAUUGCACCCUGUUCUGCUGAUGAAGAGAUAGUCUAAAAAUCAACCAAAACAUCUUAGAACUAAGAGGAACUCAGCUGUGAUUGGAUUGGAGUGUUGUGGUUUAAGUAGUUUGAAGAUUGUUUUGUAAGAAACUGUAAGAGUACGUGCAGACGCUUCCAAGUUGAACCUUGGAAGCAGUAUAAGUAGUGUCACCAAUGUGAUGAACUUCACUGACAAGAAUUCUGCCUCAGAAACAUUAAGAUAACCAGUCACGGAGAAACAUUCCAUCAUCUUUGGUGUAAAAAGAAAACGUAAUGGAGGAAGAUAAGACGGCAAGAUCUACCAUGGAGCAACACAGUGGAGACUUGAAGGCAUAUCUGACAUGUCAUUCAACGAACCAACCAACAAUCAAUAUGUCAGAGUGUCACACUACAGAUCCCCACAUCAAAGUAACUGGGAAGAUCGAAAAUAUAUCGGCAGCCAAAGAUAAAAUUAUGUCAGUUCUGGAUACAAAGAGUAACAGAGUCACCCUGAAGAUGGACGUCUCCUACACAGAGCACUCUCACGUCAUCGGGAAGGGAGGCAACAUCAUUAAGAAGGUCAUGAAGGAUACCAGAUGUCAUAUUCACUUUCCAGAUUCUAACAGAGGCUCACAGCAAGAGAAGAGUAACCAAGUCUCCAUCGCUGGGCAGAUUGGAGGAGUGGAACAGGCCAGGGCUAAAGUCAGGGAGCUACUUCCAUUGGUCCUUGUGUUUGAGCUCCCCAUCAGUAAUAAUCCAACACCAGACAUCAACUCACCGACAAUCCAACAAAUCGUCCAGGUGUACAACAUCGGCGUCAACAUGAAGCAAAGAGCAAGGGGGUACUCCACAACAGUGACCGUUAGGGGGUCCAGCAGUAACGCUGCGGGCAUCAAGGAGGGGACGUUACGAUUGAUGGAGCAUCUCAUUGGAAACUUAGGGGUAACUCUUCCAGUCAGCACCCAGAUUGAAAUAGCACCACAGCAUCAUCAGUUCAUGAGCGGACGAGGGGGUCUAAACGUCAAACAGAUCAUGCAGGGUACCAACGCCACCAUUCACUUCCCAGAUCCUAACAGCGCUCAACGGAAAAGUACAGUCUUCAUCUCGGGACCGGUUGACUCGGUCAUCAUCGCGAGACAUCUUCUCAUGGGAUGUCUGCCUCUGGUUCUGAUGUUUGACGUUAGAGAUGAGGUGGAAGUUGAAGCCACAAAGUUAGCUCAGUUAAUGGAACAACUUGAUGUAUUUAUCAGCAUUAAACCAAAGCCAAGACAACCUAGCAAGUCUGUCAUAGUGAAGAGUAUUGAACGUAACGCAGCCAACAUGUACCGAGCGAGGCAGGCCUUGCUUGGACAGGAGUGUGAAAGCUGCGCUGCUAACUGCAACAGCACAACACGAGGACUGAACGGUACGUCAUUACCCCUGACUGGAAUCAAUAUAACGAAUCUUGGUCUUCUGAACUCUAAUGUCCUAAAUGUGAAAGCAGGUCUUCUUUCCGUGAACGGCGUUAACGGCUUGUCCAGAGUUAGCCCACUCCAGAGUCCUAGGAACUCAAUCAGUGGUCAAGGGAGUCUGGCCUGGCCUGCUGCUGUAUCCCAACAAAAUAGUUUCCCCACGACGGUAACCCCAGUUCUCAUCUCCCAGCAAACCCUAAACCCCCUUCUCAUUUCCCAAAACACCCAACAACAGUCCAUUCCAAACCCCCAUGCAACGACGACACAAACCCUUUCAAACCCCACCCAACAUAACCCCGCCCUAAACCCUAAUCCCAGCCUCCACCUCGCCAGAACGACCACGCCCACAUCGCCCCCGCCCUUGGUCAACCAAGCACCUGUCUCGACAAUAGCCCAGAGUAUCGGACUUCAUCACCCCCCUCAAUCAGCAGCUGAUCCCGUGAGAGCCUAUGUAGUAUCAACCCCCGUGUCUGCGGUGACAAACACGGUGGCGAACACCGAGCAUCACAUAGUGCCACACAGAGUCAUACUACAGUCGGGUCUCAGAGUCAACAACCACCCUGAACCACGCAAUUUACUUGCGUCAACCAAACUGGGUACAGACCAGCAACAACACCUCACGUACCUCCCUCAGAGCAGACUGCCACACCCUGAUAUGCAUAGGGCGGCACACCCCACCCCAGAGCAGGCAAGGAUCGCCCAUCCCUCACCUCGGCAAGUAACACACCCGACCUCCCCUCCGCCUGGCUUGACUCAAGGAGACCCUAAGCUUUUGUCGACAGAGUUAGCGAGACUAGAGAUGGCUCACAGAGCAGCUAGAUUAAUAAGUUCGUGUGGAGGGGCUGAAUUAACAGAGCACAUCACUCAAGCUUCUAAGCUGGACAGGCAGAUCUCAAGCCCCGCUAAAGAAAAGGUGAUGAGUGGUAACCAUAGCAACACAAGUAGCAGCACCAGCCCCGCCCAGAGUCCUUGCAACAGUCCCAUCGACCUGGUCACCAUUACAACGGCCUCACCCAUCACCUCUCUGCAAGGUGUCAAUAACAACAACAAGAUGGGGACGCCAUCUAAUUUGGUGGAUCUCGACUACCUACAGAAUAACAUUUCUCCGAAUAACAGCAGCGGAAACCUGUCUGGAGUGUUGAUUGGAUCCAGAGGCAGGGGAACAAUGAACCUAUUGUCUGAUAGUAAAUUAGGAUUCGCACCAGGAGGGGGUUCAGCUUUACACACAAACAGUCGACGGUCGUCAGAAUCAGGAGGUGACUCUGAUAGUUCAGAUAAGCGAGCUCCCGGAUGCGAGAGACGAGACUGGGAACGAGAAUGGGGAGGAGACCGAGAGCAAGAGCGACAAGAAGAGAUGGACAGGCUCACCUUGCAGUCGACAUCAACGUCAUACUCUGUCGACUAUAACCACAAGAAACUACUUGCGAGUAAAGCUAUGAAGAGGAAGCCCAUUGUUAGUGAAGUGAGGCGACCGACAGAUACCUGGAGUGGCCUGGGAUUCUCCAAGUCUAUGCCAGAGUCGGCAAUUAGAGAGCAGCGCAAGCCAAAUGGGUUCUCUUUGUUCCAGAGAGAGACACUUCCAACUACUUAUGAGAAUUCCUUGAAGGAAGAGACGGAGAUGGACGGAACCGAAAGUAGCUGGCCACCUGAUCAGUCGAGUCCAUCAGACGAUUCAAUGAACUCACCGCAGCAUGAACUGCAGACAUCAGCAGCACCCGGAGAAUACCCAGCCAAUAGGAAAAAGAAAGUCACCUACACCAACCUAAGCUGUAGUAACUACAUCGAUGGGUCUUCCUUACCGCGCCAAACCAAAGGCUUAUGGCCAAGCGAGGACAAUACGUCUCAGACAGCGACCACUAAACCUGAUCUUGGGGAACUGUUUUUCAAACUUGGUCUGGGGAAAUACGCUGACGUCUUUCAACAACAAGAGAUUGACCUCUCAACUUUCCUGACCUUGACUGACAAUGAUCUGAAAGAGCUCGGCAUAACAACCUUCGGUGCAAGAAGGAGGAUGCGAUUAGCCAUUUCAGAUCUGAACAAGAAUCCAACCAAACCGUUUCAGUUUGGCUUUUCCAACACAUCUUCAAGUCUCCUUAACGACGGUUCUAAUGGAAGCAAUGGUUUAAUUCACUCUACUCACGGACACGAGAACACAACCAGUGUGUGGUAGUUCACGACGGGUUACCAGUUUUGCGUACCUUAGCAGUGUGCAAGACUGGUGGAAACCAGUCUCAGGGGUAACCAGUUUUCCCAUAUUGAACAUUUAUUGUUGUGAAGUGUGGUUGGUAUGGCACCAGGCUUAAUUGUUGUACUAUAGUAAUAGACCUUUUUAUAUAACAACCAAGCAGAUCCUUGCCAGUUGAUUGGAGGAUUGUCUGUCACGUGGUAGCAAAGAAAAGUA